UGGAAGAAAACCCAGCACUCCAGGCAGGAGCUUCGGAACCCAUACUGGACAUCAGCUCUCUGAGCAGGCACAGAGUGGAGAGAAUGUCACCCUUCCUGGCUCUGGGGCUCUUGGUGGCCGGGUUCUGCCCUGCUGUGCUCUGCCACCCAGGUGGCACACCGGUCAGGGAGACGUCAACCCAAGGUGACCAGUAUAAUGGGACCCAAAUGAACAACAUCAGCUUAGUCUCCAGCAACACUGACUUUGCCUUCAGCCUCUACAAGCAGCUGGCUUCAGAGAACCCGAACAAAAAUGUCAUCUUCUCCCCCCUAAGCAUCUCCACUGCUUUGGCCUUCCUUUCCCUGGGGGCCCACAAUACCACCCUGAAGGAGAUUCUGGAAGGCCUCAAGUUCAAUCUCACAGAGAUCUCUGAGGCCGAAAUCCACCAGGGCUUCCAGCAACUCCUGCGCACACUCAACCAGCCAGGGGACCAUCUGCAGCUCAACAUGGGUAAUGCCAUGUUUGUCCAAGAGCAGCAAGAAUUGCAAGCCAAAUUCAGGAAGGAUGCCCAAGCACUGUAUGCAGCCCAGGCCUUCCUCACCAACUUCCAGGAGCCUGCUGCUGCUGAGAAGUUCAUCAAUGACUACGUCAAGAAGGAGACUCAGGGGAAAAUUGUGGAUCUAGUCAAGGGCCUGGACACACAGACUGUGAUGGUCCUGGUGAAUUACAUCUUCUUUAAAGCCAAGUGGAAGAUGCCCUUUGACCCCCGUGAUACCUUCAAGUCCAAGUCAUUUGAGCAAAGCCAGUCGGUGAAGGUGCCCAUGAUGAGCAUUGAGGACCUGACCACACCCUUCUUCCGGGAUGAAGAGCUGUCCUGCACUGUGGUGGAACUGAAGUAUACAGGCAAUGCCAGUGCACUCUUCAUCCUCCCUGACCAGGGCAAAAUGCAGGAGGUGGAAAACUUGCUCCCGGAGACCCUGAGCAAGUGGAAGGACUCAUUGCAAUCAAGGCGGAUAGAUGAGCUCUACCUGCCCAAGUUUUCUAUCUCCAGUGACUAUGACCUGGAGUACAUCCUUCCCCAGCUGGGCAUCAAGGAAGUCUUCACCAGGCAGGCUGACCUGUCAGGGCUCAUGCAGGAUGGAAAGCUAAUGGUCUCCCAGGUGGUCCACAAGGCUGUGAUUGAUGUGACUGAAGUGGGCACAGAGGCAGCUGCUGCCACAGGAGUCAAAGUCAUUCUCACAUCUGCAAAACUGAACCCAGUAACUGUGAAUAUCAACAGGCCUUUUCUGUUAAUCAUCAGUGACACCCAGAACAUCCUCUUUCUGGGCAAAGUCACCAACCCCAAGCAAGUCUAGAGCUCCUUGCCAAGCAGUGGAGCAUCCACUGGGCUGGAGUCCAACAUGUGGUUCUCUACGAGCAGCCUGACCCUGUGUCAUCCUUGGGAUGACAGUGACUGUGUGGCUUCCACAUGGUUCAGUCUGAAGGCCCUAAGGCCUUCUGACAGCUGUAACCCAUCUUCCUGGGCCUAGAAACUCUCUUUGUGCCCCUCCCUCCUAAUUGUCUGGUUCUCCCUCUCUGCCUGUGCCCCAAAGCCACUCUUCCUGACCUGGGGUGGCAGCUCAGUCCCACCUUAGGUUUUGGCCUCUUCUGCCUUUGGUUUCACCACAUGAGCUCAAAAUCAAGUCCACCUGGACCUCAGCCCAAGACCAAGAGGUGCCUCUGCUGCCCUGAAGCCCAUUCCUGCCUCUGGGGCCACCUGGGCCCCAGUUCCAGCUUCACUCUUUCCCUCCUCAGCCUCCAGGCUCUGCCACCUGUUACACAGGCUCCUGGUCCUGUCUGCACCUGGCACAACCCCAAAACCCCUCCUGAAGCUGAGGCGGUGCUCUGCUGGGACCCUGCUUCUGCCCCUCAGUACCCCUAGUCGGGGGAUAGUAGCUAUUUCUGGGUUCCCAGGCUGACCUUGCCUGACAGAUGCCUUACUCAUCACCAGCAUUCAGGGUGGCAACCUGUGAGCAAUAAAUAGACA